GUGCCGCACGGUCGUGUCCACGAUGCUCUACUUCGCGAUCGCAGUGAAAGUUCCUUAGAUUGUGAAAUGCGGUUCGCAAUCGGCUUUCUGUUUGUGGUGACAUGGACAGUCGGCCGAAGCUCAGCGUACGACUACGCGUCGGCGUGCGCGCGCCCCUACCGCGCCCACCGUGCGCGUGCGCUGCCCGACGCGCCCUGCGACCUCUCCAAACACAACUACUGCACCACCCCGGGUAGUAACUACCCUUGGCACGCGAUCAGGCGGUUUGUUAGGGAGAACCAGGGUCUUAUGAGAAGAAUGUACGGAGAAGAACGGCAUAUAUCUGUACUCAAAGCUGAGCUAGAAAACUUCAUAGAUGACGAUGAUGACAAAGAUGCUAAAAAACCCACAGGCUUUGCUGAAGACAUUAUUAAAACUAAGAUGAUGUAUAUGAAAGGAAGCAUGAAAGGUAAUCACGGACGUGCCAUGAGGGACAAGCCUCACUUCAGACCGAUUCAAUCCAUUUACAAAAAUAAGAAAGUAGAUAAUGAUACACUUAAAGUUAAACCAUUAGAACAUGCCAAUCUAACAAAACUUAAUAAAACAGAAAACAAUAAUAAUAAAACCCAAAUAACAAGCAAUGAAACUGUUAACGAAGACAAAGGGAUAUCAUAUAAAACUAGGUUAGAAAGCAUAGCUAAUAUAGAGAUAAAUAAUUUCGAUCCUGAUGUAAUCACGCUAGAAGCAGUUAUUAAGCAGAGUAUUGAAACUAAUAGUGUUUACAAUACAGCUUCUGGUAAAAAUGAUAUCAAUAAACUCAAGAAUGAUACCAAUGUUGAAAAAAAUAGUACAAGAACGACAACAGAAAAGAUAACAAAUGUAACUGAAACUACUACAGAAGAUCUGUAUGAUGACACCACAACGGAAUUUGAUAAAGAAGGGCUGAAAUCUGCUAGCGAUACAACGUUGCCGCCUACAUUAUUGUUUUCUGAACAUGAUAAAGUUAAAAUAGACCGUAUUGACAUCAAAGUCAAUGAGAAGAAAGAAGAAUUUCAUCCAAAACCCACCCAACACCAGGAACCUAUAAGAGCAUCGAUAAAAUUACAAGGAGCGAACGCUUGCGAGAGUAAAGAGGAGAUGUCUGCGCCGUUCUGGGCCAACAACACGAGGGGCGAAGUCCUUGCGCUCCUGAACAUGUACCCGUUUGAACAGUACAUUCAUCUGGAGACGUGUGUACAUGAGAAGAAGCAGAUGUACUGCCGGGAGGGAUGCAGAUGCGAACAGCAGUACCGUCUCCACCGGCUGCUAGCCUACGACCCUGGCAAUGAAUGCCGGGGCAUCUUCGCUGACUGGUUCAAAUUCCCUGCCUGCUGCGUCUGCAAGUGCUACGACGUUCCCCUGGAGUUCCGAGCCCGUUCUCCCAGGAUCUUAAGGCCACAGUACGAUGAGGAUGUCAGAAGAGUGAUCUAUGAAGACGUGGCGAGGGACUGGUACGCAAUGUCAGCGUUUGGAGAUGAAGAUGAUGAUUUUUACUAAGCACAAGAGGAUGAAAAUCGAGAUAUUACCCACCUGGAUUACUGAAAACUAAUUUAAUUAUUAAGUUAAAGGAAUUGUUAUUUAUUUUAGACUAGUAUUUAUAAAUCGCUUCUAGAACAAUGUCUUAUUUUUUCUAUUUUAUUUAAGUUUUGAUUGUAAUUUGUUACUUUUGUACAUCGAAUAUUCAUAUAUUUAAUUUAUACUUACAGGGACUUUGAUAGGGACCUUAUCAGUAAAGCUUAAGUCCGCCAGGAAUUUUAAAUGACUUGUUUCCAUAAGUGCAUUUUUUCAUUAACGACAAUAAUAUAAUU